AUGAGCAACAAUGACACUACAAAGAAGCAAACAGAGAGCAUUAAAGAACCAACAGAGGAUGAGAAGCAAACAAAAGCAUAUCAAGCUAAGGAGCAAGUUGUGGUGCCAAACAAAAGCACUGAGAAACUCAAAGAGCAGGACAACCAAUCACAUAGCUCAAGGGAAAUGACUCAGGGACAGCAGCAAAUAGGAAAGAGCAUCACACCUCCAUUGCCAUAUCCUCAGAGAUUCAACAAAGAGGUUAAAGACCAACAUUUCCACAAAUUCCUUGAGACCUUCAAGAAACUGGAAAUCAAUAUCCCUUUAGCUGAAGCACUUGAGCAAAUGCCAAGUUGGGAUGAGAAGGAAAUCGUAUCACUCACUGAGGAAUGCAGAGUCUUGAUUCAAAAAGGGCUGCCUCCCAAGCUUGAGGACCCAGGAAGUUUCUUGUUACCUUGCACCAUUGGGGAAGUGACCGUCACUAAAGCAAUGUGCGAUCUCGGAGCAAGUAUUAAUUUGAUACCAUCCUCCCUGGUGAAAAAGCUGCAUAUAGAGGAAGUCAAACCAGUACAAAUGUCUCUGGAGCUGGUAGAUAAGUCAAUGGUAUACCCCAGGGGUGUAAUUGAAAAUCUGUUGGUCAAGGUGGACAGUUUUAUAUACCCUGCUGAUUUUGUGGUUCUGGAUUCAAACGAGGAUGAUGGUGACUCUGUUAUAUUAAAGAAAUGUAAAGUGCAGCAAGAGUAG